CAUGUAAUGGGGUUUUUUAUCAUCACUUUAAAACGUCAUAAAUAGAUUUUUUCUAAUUUCCCAGUUUUACCUUGUAAUAUGAUUAAUAUUGGUAGAUAUAACUCACGUAAGUAGAAGCUCUUUGGAGUCGUCAACAAUUUUAAGAAUGUGAAGGGGUUCUGAAUCCAAACAGUUUGAGAGCAGCUGACUUAGGGGGUCUCAGACCACCCUGGACGCAGGCGCACAACCACACUCCCUCCCUGGAAAGCCAUGACCUCAGGCUGGCACGUAAAGGACACAGUCCCAGCAGAAGUGGCAUGGAUCUGGAUGGAGGCAGCCCCUGGCUCGCGCCUGGAGUGAGGACGUGCAUCUGCAGUGCGCACAGCGCCGCAUGGAGAGCGGCUGAGGACUUGGAGUCAGGGAUGCAUCUUAGAGACGAGAAUCAGAAAGGCAGGAUGAAGCUCUCAACUCUCACUCUCUCUCGAAUAAGGUUCCUGGAAGGAGAUGGUGCCCCAGGGUUCCUGUGGUGAGAGGGCACACCAAUUGAUACUUUUCAACACCCCAGCCAUCGUGUGCCAGUGACACACUGCAGUAGAAACACUCUUCUGUCUGCAAAUACUCUCAAUACUCUUGAAAUAUUUCCCUAAGACACAAGUAUCUAAGCGCCCCUCACCCCCGCCACAGCUCCCAAUUGCAGGGUGCACACCCGGAAAGGGCACAGUAGAUGCCGACGGUCUGCUGGAUGGAAACUGUGUUUGUAAGACUUUCAGCUUCUCCUCGUCACUGCAACCCCGGACCCCAGCUGUUGGUGCUGGCCAGGAGAAGUCAGAGCAAUUUAAUCCUCACCUGAGGCAAGGAAUUAGGUGAUGAUCUGAGAAUAACGCAAAGAGAAUCGGGUUCAGAUUCCAUCUUUGCCAUUAACUAUCUACAGUCCCCAGAAAGGCACUUUCCUCUCUGGGCCUCAGUUUGCCCACCUGUGAAAUCAGAGGUACAGGUUAGACAACGUGGAAGGGCCUUCCUCUUCUGACAUCCUACAACACAGGACAUUUCUAAUGCUCCAAAGACCCUGGGGGAUUUAGUUAACAUCUGUCUGGAAGGCUGGUGAUUAGUAAUGAGACUGAUUCAAAAAGUGGAAAAGCUUAAUGGGAAUAGGCAUAUAGUUUGUGAGGAUUCAUCCCCUCAAGCAAAUUCAUCCGCUACUUUAUAUGAGAUGGAAAACAAACGUAUACCCAGUUACAGCUACAAAAAGAUUAAGCAGCACAGAGUCAGUCAGUCAGUCAGCCAACAAAUAUUUAGUAAGAACCUUGGAUGUGCCCAGAAUUGUGCUAAGUCCUGGGCAAACAGUGAUGGUCACAAACAGACAUGGGCCCUGCCCUUGUGGAGGUUACAGUCUAACGGGAGAGACGGAGAUCAAUCAAAGGACUAUAUAGCCACGUAUACAGUUACAAACUGACAUAAGUACUAAAGAAAAGAAGCAAGGUAUUCUGAGAAGACCUGAGCUAGACUGGGGAACAGCGAAAAACUCAUUUGAGGAAGUAACAUCUGAGCUGAGAACUGAAGGAGGAACAGAGAGGUAAAGACAAUCCAGGAAGGGGGAAUGAUAUGUGCAAAGGCCCUGCGGUAGGAGAGAGAGCAUGGAUCAUUUGGGAAAAAAUAAAAAGGAAUGCCAAUGAGGCUGGAGUGCAGAGGGAAGUGGAGAGCGCUUGAGGCAGAAGAAAUAGAUGGUGUGAGACGAUAAAGGGAGUUGUAGACAGUAUGAAGAAUAUGGGUCCCUAUUUUACCCAGAAAGGGAAACUGGCAAGCCAUGGAAGGGUUUAAGCAGGGGGAGAGUCAUAAUGAGGUUGGUGUUUGGAAAUAAUCACUCUGGCUACAAAGUGGAGAAGAGUUUGGAGAAUGGUUUUUAGAAUAUCAAUCAGGCAUUUAUUUUGGAGCCCAGGAGAGAUAAGAUGGUAGCUUGAACCAGACAGUUGUUACUGACGAUGAUGGAAAUGGAGAAAAGUAAGUAGAUGAGAGAAAUCCUUGUGAAGAAAACUCUGAAUGACCUGGUAAUCGACUGGACAUAGGUUGACAAGAGAAGGAGGAACUAACAAGUUACUAGGUUUCUAGCUUGUAUGACGGUUUAGACGGUGGCGCCAUUUACUGACUUAGGGAGCUCGGGAUGAACGUGGGGCCAGGGAAAGAAGAUGACGAGUCUAAUCUCAUAUACAGAAUUGACUACAUAAAUUGGGGGUGCAGUGCAAAAUGAAAAUACGAGUCCCCUUGCUCAACAAUUACUAAGAAUUUCAAGACAGUGACAGCAGAGCAAGUGCAAGGCCCUUCUGAGCAUGGGACCCUGUGCGACUACACAAGUGGCAGGGCCACGAAGCCCGUCCUGCUCAUACAUGUUGGGUUUGAAGUGUCAGCCACCUAGAGGAAACAUGAGUAAUCUGAAUCCCACUGGAGGAACAGCCCUGGAGCUGAAAGAAUCCACUAGUGCCCCAGGCUCGGAACCCACUGGUUACGCUAGGCAGUCAUGCAGACACAGCAGAAAUAGCUGUGUCCUCUGGGUGGCAAGGGCUCCAACACCUGGCGUCCUAGUCUGUGUAAGACAAACUUCUCAUGUGAGAAGUUACAGAUCGCGGUGUCCGUCCCCUAAGGAAAAUCCAAAUUGCUUGACUUGGCGCCCCGGUUGCACAAAGGGGAAUUCCACAUCGCCUGUCCAGAGACCAGUCCUUCCGCUGUGGUUUGCAGUCUGCUGGCCACUGUCCUCGGAAAGGCACCCAAUCCGGUUUGCAUAACCCUUGCUUGAUUCGCCCUGGGGCCAGCCCCAGCUCAGGCUCCUCCCACACCUCUGACCCAUCAGGCCUUUAUUCUGGACACCCCUGCCACAAGGCCAAAGUCAGAGGAGGGCAGCGCCACAGACCCCUGGCCCCUGGGGCCCCUACCCAGCCACACUUGUGGGGUGUGGUGCAAGACUCUGUGCUGUUGACCAGGCUUCUUGCAGCACAGCCACCAAAGCAGCCUCUGUCCAGGGAAUUGAGGAAGGUUAUUGAAGGGAAUGCUAGAAAUUUCAAGCUGAGGAAAUUACUGUGUGCUGCGAUGUCCUGAAUAAGAAGAAAUGAAACUCCCGUUAUUAGCCUUAAAGGAAUGCCUAGUAAUGGGCGAGUAGGGGCCAAGCCCCUAGGGGAUUCUUCAUCAGGGCCGCUGUCUCCCCUACCCCAGGUGGGCACCAUCCCAUCUUCUCUGCUUGCAUCACUGAUCUGCCUGCUCCCUCCCAAGGGGCCCUAUUGCCAGGCAAGCCAAUUGAACCCUGAGUCCAGCAAGCCCAGAUUCCUUAGCCUUCCCUCUGCGGCUCCAGUGCAGCCCCGCAGGGCUGUUUCCCACUCCUGGCUCUGAGUUGCUGAGUAGCUGCAGGCAUAGAACAACUGUGCCAGGAAGGCUGCCAUUUUGCUGAGCGUGAGGGGAGGUGGAGGUGAUUCUUUAUAAGAUCUUGGGCACUGUAGAUAGGACCCUCCAAAGCCAUUGACACACACACCAGUGAUUCUUGUCUGCCCAGACUUCUCUGCAGCUGAAGUGGUGAAACUCACAGAGUGGAGCUUUCCGGAAAGAUCCUUUCUGGAAAAGAUCUCCUGGGCUGAUGUGACCCUGAAUGCUUGGGCUUUACCCACGUCCUUUCUCCCUGACAUCUUGCAACAAUGGAUAGGAGAGCAAGCAGGCAGAAAAGCACUUUCUGGAUGAUAUAUGAGUGCCGUAGCUGCCCCGGACUGCCUGCCUCUGAACUUCUUGUUGGGUGAAACCGAAAAAUAAUAUCCCCUUUUUUUUAUGCUGUGCUUAGUCGGAUUCCCUUUCGUUUGCAGUUAAAUACAGAAAUCAGGGAGUAUUCUGGAGCAGGAGUAGGAGAAGAGAGGUAUUUCCGCCCCCGACACCUUCCUUCAAUUUCCCAGUGAGUCCACACUGGAAAAAUUCAUUUGAAUUCAAUUUAAUAAGCAUUUAUUAGACAGCUGCUAUGCAUCUGGACUUAGGGAAAAUUGGACUCAGGCCCUUUGCCCUCAAAGAACUCACAGUCCUCUUGUAUUUGUGUCCUCUUGAAAUCCACAGGACCAAACGGUGCCCAGACUGACACUCGACCCACCCGUGGGCACCUGCUUUCCCACUUCCUUCCUCGCGCGGGCUCUGCCCUGGGGUUGAAACGCGAACUCAGAUCUCCUAAUAGGCAGCUUGUCACCAUUUAUGUCUCAGAUGUGACCUAUGAGGUUGGCACUUUUCCCAGUGGAUCCUAAUGACUUUUCAGGAAAACAGAUAACUUCACAGCCUUGAGAAACAGGAGUUAGCUCUGUCAUUCCCUUUGUUGGUCAAUAUAAUUGCAAAGGGUCUUAACUUUUCCCAAAACGUUCAUACCUACUCUCUUGUUGAUUAAGGAAUUGCAUCAUGAAACUUGCCUAAUGUUAUCUCUGACCCUUUAGAUUCUAAAAAUUUUGAGGAGAGAAAGGACAAUGUCUUCAGAUCAAUGGAGAAAGGAUCAACUACUGUUUUCAACAAAUGGCCUGAGAUAACUGGCUACACAUUCCAGAACAAAUAAAGAAGUCAGAGCCUAACCCUAACACUGCAUAGUGGAUUAUGGAUUAAAGAAAGUUAGAAAUGGCUUUUACGUACCUCCCUUCUCCCUGCCAUCUCGUGCGUGUGUGUAUGCGUGUAUACAUAUCUAUGGCAGAGAUGCUGCCCGCCUCCCUGAGUUGCUCUGCCUACCCUCUGAGUGCUCGCUGUGCCCAGACCAGCCUCCAUAGCUUUGCUUCUUGUGGCCAUGGUCCAGGCUCCCAGGGCACUCUGUUCUGCCCAUCCCAACAUAGAAAAGAAGCAGCUAUGUGCCUGGCACCUUCCGCAGGCCAGACCCUGUGCUGGGCACCAGGUACACAAAGGAUAACAAAGAAACAUCCUGCUCCAGGGAGCUCACAGCUGACUAGGGGAGGCAAGCUGUGCUCAUGGGUGACAGCCACAUGGAACUGUAAAUCCAGCAGUGGAGGAAAGCAGAGCAGGGUGCAGACAGGGGCAGGAGGGGUCUGUGCUGCCUCGGUCAGGGAGAGGGGCCUCAUUGUCUCACCUGGGGUUCGGCCCUGGCCUCAUGGGUCUGCUACACUGAGUCUGCAGCAGGAACACGCAGCUCAGAGAGGGGUCAGCCCGCCGAACUAAAGCAGACAGCCCAGAAAACCCAGGGGCCACGAGAAAGGAGAAGGGCAAAAGGGAUGCAAAGCCCAGCUUCGGGCCCGUCUUCUCUGCUUCCUGGUGGCAAAACUCAGCGCGCCUCAGCCCAGUGUGAACCUGGCAGGAGCAGCAAUGCUGAGUUGGUUCUGCUCCUGUUUCUAAAAGGCUCUUUCUCCCUUCAUGAUUCUGAGGCUUCCAUAUCAACAGGCCCCAAAGGGUUGGGAGGAGAGGCCACAGUCCCCUGACCCUGACACGCAAGGUACACCCACAGGAUGGGCCUGGACCCUCUCGCUCCUCCCUCCACUCACUCCAGACCAGCCUGGCCUUAGUAUGUCACCCCACUUGCUCUGGCAUGGUGACCUUCUCCAAGGGGGCAGACUUGGAAACUGGUGCCACCUGAGAUGUCCCAGCGCUGAUGCAGGAGGGCAAGGAAAUAAUAGAAACACUGGAGAUAUCCCACAGCUGGUCCACGCCUUACUGCCCCGAACCCGUCCCCUGCAAAGCCAAGGCCCCUGGCAGGUAGGAGGCAGGUACGAUCGCCUCCUUGAGACAGAUGGAAACCAGACACAAAGGGCCAAGCGACUUGCCCUAGGUUUAAAGAGUGACAGAGCCAGGGCACAGCCCAGAGCUCCUCCCCACGCAGGUCAGCGCUCUUCCCACUUACUGUCUUCACUGGGCAGUGGGAGAAGCCCCUGUGGAAGGGGAGGUCAAGGCACAACCAAAGGACCCCCAGAGACUUUCCAGAUACCUGGAGAAGGGAUGCCACGACCCCAUCUUUCCUAACUAGAGGUAGAGCGACUUCCCUCACAUCUAGCUACUCUGUCCCUGCACAUUCACACUCACACACACACCCUCACACUCACACACUCUCACUCACACACAUACACACUCUCACACAUUCACACACUAACACGCAUACACACUCUCUCACACUCACACAUUCACACACACUCAAACACACUCAUAUGUGCAAAUCCAAACAAGACGACAAAGGCUUCUUUGGGUGGAGGGAGAAGGGAUAAGUAAGAGGAAGGAAGGAGGCUGCUGUGCAGCCCGCACGGAAUCCGGACUUAUUUUCGUUAGUAUUUCUACUGCUUCCUCCCAUCUUUCAAGCUUAAGUCUCCAACCAUGGCAGCUCGUAACUAAAAGAAGCCUUGAGGACUCCACAAUCCAAGCUUCUCAUCCCACAUCCUGGGGACAGUGCAGAGAAGGGUAUGGAGCACGGCGCUGGCACCAGCCAGGGCUGGGUGCGAGUUCCACCCCUCCCGUAGCACCUUACAGGCUACUUAACACCUCGGUGCCUCAGUGUGCUCACUCUAAAGUGGAGACAGUUGGGGUCACAGUGACUAGCAGGUACCAAGUUCUCAGUAAGUGUGGGCCUCUCUGACCAACUUCCCCCAAGUCCUGGGACAGCGAGGAGGUAGAAACACGGACCUGAGAGUCUAAACAAACCCAGGGCUACAGAAGAAGCCUGGAGCACAUCCUCUGGCCCUGCCGGUCCUAUAGGAACCAGCCUCUUAAAUAGGCAGUCUUGGAACAUAGAAUGAAAGAACCAGAAGACAGCUCUGAGGAGAUUGAGCUCAUCCCCUUGUUUUCACUUGGGGAAACUGAGGCCCAGAGAGCUGAGGUGACUUCUCAAUUCAGCAAGGAGAAGCCUUGGGUGUUCAAUUCAGGUUGGGAAGGGGAUCCAAUUAUUUCUCAAUACCAGUGUAUUCUGGAAUGGCCAACUUGUCCACGUCACUGACCUAGCAACACGCAAAUGGAACCCACAGCUCUGCGCACAGAACAGCUGUUCACCCCAGGAAACUGACUUUUUUUAAUUAAGAGAAGCUGAAAAAUUAUUUUAAAAGAGAGAGAGAGGUAACACCCUAAAAAGAGCCGUAGUGCAGAAGUUCGUUUCAACUAUCUCUUUUGCUUACAAUGCAAAAAUUGAAAACUUUAAGAGUAAGAAGUUCAACGAAUGCAAAGCUGGAGUGGGCUCGGGAAGGGAGGAGCUUUAGAAAAAAAGCUUUGCCAGGAAAUCUGUGACUCUGUGGCUUUUUAUGAAUGGGGAGGCCUCACUGAACCCACAAUAUAUAAAGGGGACACAGGAGGUGAAGGUCGAUACAUCAGGGCCUUGCUCUUGCAAAACCAAACCACAAGGCCGAUUCACAGAAGAAGGCAGAGCUCAGCCAUGCCCAGCGCAGCACUGCUAUGUUACCUGGUCUUCCUGGCCGGGGUGGGAGCCAGCCGAGACCGGGGCACCCAGUCUGAGAACAGCUGCACCCACUUCCCAACCAGCCUGCCCCACAUGCUCCAUGAGCUCCGAGCCGCCUUCAGCAGGGUGAAGACUUUCUUUCAAAUGAAGGACCAGCUGGACAACAUGUUGUUGAACGGGUCCCUGCUGGAGGACUUUAAGGGUUACCUGGGUUGCCAAGCCUUGUCGGAGAUGAUCCAGUUUUACCUGGAGGAGGUGAUGCCCCAGGCUGAGAACCACGGCCCAGACAUCAAGGAGCACGUGAACUCCCUGGGGGAAAAGCUGAAGACCCUCCGAGUGAGGCUGCGGCGCUGUCAUCGAUUUCUGCCCUGUGAAAAUAAGAGCAAGGCAGUGGAGCAGGUGAAGAGUGCCUUCAGUAAGGUGAGUUUGGAUGGUGGCAGGGAGGGCCUGGGGACCAUGACCUCUGCCCACUCUCCGAGGGGUGGAGGUUGGCAGGUGCUAAGCGGGCCCUGUCCUUCACUCGGAGGCAGUGUGGGAACCCGACAAAUGGUGUGACCUCCUCAGCCGGCGAGGAGCUGCUGCCUUGGUUAUGUUUGUUUUCUGUGAAGUGUCUUUGGGGGUUUCUAAAUGACUGCUCCCCGCCUUUGCAGGCCUGUGGGUUAGGCCAGCCAGUCAGCCUGUGAACGCAGUGAGCCAGGUGCUGGGGAGAGUGACAAAGGAAACAGAAAGUAGCUUGUUGGGAAUCUAGACUGAGCCACACGUGCAGGAAGCCAACACGUGAAUGUGCACACACAAAUACACCCAGGGGUUCAGCCUGCACUCCCCAAAACUCAGACCAGAGCAGGAGGCAGGAUUCUCACUUAUCUGCAGUUGGUCCAGGCUUACAUCCCAUCUGCCAUUCACACCUCCCAAAGUGCCUGAGAAUGUCAACUCUCAAACCAAAUGGGGUUUCGAAAAUGCUUCCAACUAUCCGUGAACUCUUACACCCUGUUUCCCAGAAGCCAUGUGGCCUAUGGCCUCUGCAUGGGUUGGGGACAGACGCUGGGCAGAGUUCCACCAUCAAGGAGCAUGAAUCCCCUGACAGGGGGCCGGAGCAGCAGGGCGGGGCCUGCUCGAUCCAUUGGUGGGGGAGCACAAACAUAGAAAAAGGCUCUCUUCUCUCCUUUUCUCACUGUCUUGCUUGCAAAGUGGUUCCUCUAAUGUCUUUUCAUCAAAUUCUGAAUAAGCAUCAUGUGAGCACAUGACCUUUUAAACUGUUGAAAAGGCACCGUUUUGAAAACUGCUUUGCAAAGUGAAUGCCUGUCUUGCUGCCCACUAGCCAUGCUUCAGGUCAGUGCACAGCCUUCCCCAAGGUGGCUGGCCAUGUCCUCAGGUUCCCAGGGUCCCUUCGUCACCUCCCAACAUGAGGGAGCAAGCGCAGCUUCUGGGGCCCAGGGUCACGCCUCUCCAGGUGGGGAACCCACUUACUCGCUCAGAUGGGGUUUUCACUAAACAUUUCUUGUCUCU